AUUUUAAAUUUUACCCCUAGGCGGCCCCGGUGUGGGGGGUCCCUUCCUCCGCCCGAGGGGCGCCGGUGCCCGGCGCGGAGCGGGGCGCAUGGGGCGGCGUUCCAGGAGGCUUUCGGCUGCUCCCUGCUCCCCCGCCGGAUGCUGCCUGAGCUGUUUUGGCUGUUUUUCUUCGCCGGCGAUGAAGGCUCUGCCUUGAAGAUGGACAUGAUCUGUUUUUUAUUCCUGUCUCUGGUGCCGGUGUACAGCAGGGGACAAGGGGUGUACGCUCCUGCUCAGGCCCAAAUCAUCCAUGCUGGGCAGGCGUGCGUGGUGAAGGAAGACAACAUCAGUGAGCGCGUUUACACAAUUCGGGAGGGGGACACGCUGGUCCUGCAGUGUCUGGUCACGGGACACCCCCGGCCACAGGUGAGAUGGACCAAAACUGCUGGCAGCGCGUCGGACAAAUUCCAAGAGACGUCAGUGCUUAACGAGACCCUUCGGAUUGAGAAGAUCCAAAGGCUGCAGGGGGGCCGCUAUUACUGUAAAGCAGAAAAUGGGGUUGGGGUCCCUGCCAUCAAGUCCAUCCGAGUAGAUGUGCAGUAUCUAGAUGAGCCCCUUCUCACCGUUCACCAGACCAUCAGUGAYGUGCGUGGCAGCUUCUACCAGGAGAAGACUGUCUUCCUCCGCUGCACCGUCAACUCCAACCCACCAGCUCGCUUCAUCUGGAAACGGGGAGCYGAGACACUUUCUCACAGUCAGGACAAUGGUGUGGACAUCUACGAACCCCUUUACACACAGGGUGAAACCAAAGUCCUGAAGCUGAAGAACCUUCGGCCUCAGGAUUACGCCAGCUACACAUGCCAGGUGUCUGUCCGCAAUGUCUGCAGUAUCCCUGACAAAUCCAUCACCUUCCAGCUCACAAACACCACAGCCCCACCUGCUCUGAAGCUGUCUGUCAAUGAGACACUGGUGGUCAACCCUGGUGACAACGUCACUAUGCAGUGCUCUCUGACGGGCGGUGACCCACAGCCAGAAGUGGUUUGGUCUCACUCUCCUGGCCCAAUGCCUCCCAACAGCCUUGUGCAGGGAGGCAACCUCACCAUCUGGAGGAUCCGUGUGGAGGACUCGGGCUACUACAACUGCACGGCCAUCAACAACGUGGGCAACCCGGCAAAGAAGAUUGUGAACCUGCUGGUGCGGUCCAUGAAGAAUGCCACAUUCCAGAUCACCCCUGAUGUGAUCAAAGAGAGCGAGACCAUCCAGUUAGGCCAGGACUUGAAGCUCUCAUGCCAUGUAGAUGCUGUCCCCCAGGAGAAGGUUGUCUAUUCCUGGUACAAAAAUGGGAAACCAGCCAGGUUCUCAGACCGGCURCUCAUCACCCGCAAUGACCCCGAGCUGCCCCCUGUGACCUGCAGCUUGGAGAUCAUUGACCUGAGAUUCAGUGACUAUGGCACCUACCUGUGCAUGGCUACCUUCCAGGGAGCGCCCAUUCCUGACCUCAGCGUGGAGGUGAACAUCUCCUCAGAGACAGUGCCACCAACAAUCAGUGUCCCUAAGGGUCAGUCCACCAUCACCGUGCGGGAAGGCUCCAGGGCCGAGCUGCAGUGCGAGGUUCGAGGAAAGCCAAAGCCACCCAUCAUCUGGUCCCGGGUGGAUAAGGAAACUCCCAUGCCUUCAGGGACAAUGACAAUGGAGACAUACGAUGGGAAGCUGCACCUGGAGAGUGUGAGCCGAGAAAUGAGYGGGACCUAUAAGUGUCAGACAGCCAGGUACAAUGGCUUUAACAUCAGACCCCGGGAAGCGCUGGUGCAGCUCAACGUGCAGUUCCCGCCCGUGGUGGAGCCAGCCUUCCAGGACGUGCGGCAGGGCAUGGGGCACAGCGUCACCCUGCGCUGCACCAUGCUCAAGGGCAGCCCCAUGAAGGUGGCCACCUCCGUCUGGCGCUUCAAUGGGAGCCUCCUGGCGCAGCCCCUGGCCGAGCAGCAGGACUACUCGGAGCUCAAGGUGGACAGCGUCAGCCGGGAGACCAGUGGGAACUACGAGUGCACCAUUUCCAACGACGUGGGAGUCUCCACCUGCCUYUUCCAGGUGUCUGCAAAAGCUUAUAGCCCAGAGUUUUACUAUGACACUCCCAACCCCACCCUGAGCCAGAAGCAAUCCAAGAAUUACUCUUACAUCCUGCAGUGGACCCAGAAGGAGCCCGAUGCAGUGGAUCCCAUCCUCAAAUACCGCCUGGAAGUCCGGCAGCUGUCUCAGAGAAACACCAUCCAAACCUUCAUUCCCGUGAAGAAAAUGGAGAAAGGGCUGCUGCUGGAGCACAUCUUGCCCAACCUGAAAGUGCCUCAGAGCUAUGAAGUUCGCCUGACGCCCAUCACCAGYUUUGGGGCCGGGGACAUGGCUGCCCGCGUCAUCCGGUACAUGGAACCAAUCAACCACCCCAAUCCAACAGAUAACACCUGCCGCUUCGAGGACGAGAAGAUCUGUGGAUUCAUGCAGGACAAGAUGGACAACUUUGACUGGACCCGGCAGAACGCCCUKACCCAGAACCCCAAGCGCACCGUCAACACCGGGCCCCCCACGGACAUCAGCGGUACGCCGGAGGGUUAUUACAUGUUCAUCGAGGCGUCCCGGCCACGGGUGACAGGAGACAAAGCCCGGCUCAUCAGCCCCCUCUACAAUAUCACUGCCAAGUAUUACUGUGUCUCCUUCUACUACCACAUGUAUGGGAAGCACAUUGGCUCCUUGAACCUGCUGGUUCGYGUGCGGAACAAGCGAGCCAUCGACACCCAGGUCUGGUCACUCAGUGGCAAUCGGGGGAACAUGUGGCAGCAAGCACAUGUGCCCAUCAACCCUCCUGGRCCCUUCCAGAUCAUCUUCGAAGGUGUCCGGGGCACGAGCUAUGAGGGGGACAUUGCCAUCGAUGAUGUCACUCUGAAAAAGGGAGACUGUCCAAGGAAGCCAAUUGGACCGAAUAAGGCUGUUGCUCUUCCAGGGAGUGGUGUCCCAGCCCUGCACAGCUCUUGUCUUUGUGGCCCAUUGACUUUCUUCCUUUACGUGCUGCUCAGAUGAUGGCAAGCGAGCGCUCCUGUCUUCGGACCAAGACAUUCCUGCUCCUUUCCUACUCAGCCACCUCUGCUCCUCUUCCUCCCCUCCUCACUGGCACACCAAAGUGUCCAUAUGUUACCAAAGACUGACAGGCAUGACCACGCAAAGGGAUCUGGUUCAGAACUGGAGCACUCCUUGAGAAAGUCAUAAUGUCUAGAACAAAAUUUAAAAAUAAAGACUGAACUUUUUUUAAAAAGCACGUGCACGAGAGAGAGUGAGAGAGAGAGAGGAAGGAAAGAAAUAUACACAGAGAAAAGAAGGAAUGAAACACGAAAAAUAGGAAUGAAGAAAUGUGAAGAGUAAAUGAAGGAAGAAAAAAAACAAAAACAGCCCCAUGUUUCCUUGGGAAUAUCGGACAGGGCUUCCUCAUGGAAGUGGGAACUUGUUUUAAACAAACAAACAAAAAUAUAUUAAAGCACAAAUUUCUACCAGAGCAGUUACCUUCUUUACUGCAGAGCCCACAGCGUAGUGGAUGAUAUCCUGCAGUUCUCCCCUUGUCUCCUCAUGCUUUCCCGCUGGCUGGGGCUGCCCCUCUCCCUGCAGCAGCACCAGCCUCGUCCGUGGGGAUGGCCGGAGCGCCUGGCCUCGCACCGCAUGUGCUUCAGUGUCUCCAUCCAUCCUCAUCUUCCCGGCUCUCAUGUAUUUUAUUGCCCCCGGUGUGGUUUGCUUUGGCCUUUCCCCACCACUCCGUGCUUCUCAUCCCCCGGCCUGAAGAAGAUGGAGCAAGGAAGGGACGGAUGACACGGACCACGCUGAGUGCUGGAGAAGUCCUGGCUGGAUCCAGCGGCAGCACUGGCKCUAAGGGCCUCUUUCUGUCUCUCAGCACUCUUGCUGGGUAGGGAGCAGGGCUGAGCUGCAGACAGAAGGGUCUGGUCUCUGUGGGGCUGAGGGAUGGGCUGUGAUGGGAUGGGACUGGAAGGGUGGAGCAGUUGCACAAUGGCUUCCCCUUGUGAAUAUUGGGAUAACAACUGCCUCAGCCGGAA